AUGGCCCUCCCCAUCCACGUCGCAAUCCUAGACCUGGACGUCCCCGUCCCCGCCAUCUACAACACCCGCGGCCUCUACAGCUCCAUCUUCCGGCGUCUGUUGGAAUCCGCCGCCUCGCGACUCAACGCCACGCGCACUCGUCCUAUCGCCAUCCACACCUCCGCCUGGGACCUCAUCGGCGGCAACUACCCGCCCUUGAGCAGUUUUCUCACCUCGCCCCCGACACACUCGUCCUCCGAGGACACUCAAAGCACGAACCCCCUCGCGCUCCCGAUCUCCGCCAUUCUCCUCACGGGCUCCGCCCCCGCCGCCUACGAAACCGCCACGUACCCAUGGAUCGCCCCGCUCGCGGACUUCCUCUCGCUCGUCUACAACGACUACCCGCACGUCAAGAUCUUCGGGUCCUGCUUCGGACACCAGAUCCUCGCGCAGACGCUGCUCUCGCCGCCGCUGCGGAAUGAGCUGUGCCCUGAUGGUCGCGAGAUGGGGCUUGUGCCGAUCUCGCUGACGGGGGAGUUUAGAGAUUCUUUUCCGGCUCUGCGGGACAGAUUGCCCGGGGAUGGGGAGAAGAUGAGAUUGCAGAUGAUCCACGGGGACUGGGUGGUUCCGGCGUCUGGGGCCAGGGAUGCGGUGGUGUUGCCGGCGCCGUGGAUGAAUGUGGGGAGCAGCGAGGCGUGUCCGAUCCAGGGGCUGUAUUGUCCGAAACGGGUGCUGUCGUAUCAGGGGCAUUUCGAGUUCGAUGCGGUGGUGAAUGCGGAGACGUGCAGGGAGUUUGGGAGGAGGGCGGCGUGGAAGCCGGAGUUGAUGGUGGAGUGGUUGCGGUUGAUUGAGUUGGGGAAGGGGAAAAGUGAAGGUGAAGAUGAAGAUGAUGCGAAGGUCGCGGCGGAGGUGGUGGUUUUGUUCUUUGCAGGGGAGGAUUCACCGUCUUAG